GCUGUGUGCAUCUAGCUCUCUCUCCAACAAUGGCACAUAUCUCUUUCUCAAUGCUCUCUCUUUUUUUCUUUCUUCCUCUCACCUUUGCCCUUGACGUUUUUAGAUCUCUCCUAGCUCAGUACGCUCACCUAACUCUGACAUAUUCCCCUCAACCAAAGGCAAACGUGGCGCAUGUGGCGUAUUUCCCAAUCAGGUCACAUGGCGCGUACCUCUGGCACUGCCCUGGCCUAAUUCCUACCACGCACGACUUUGUCCACACCUCUGGAACUCCACGUCACAUUGACAACUACAUUUGCGAUUGCAUCAAAUACCAUACCAUCUUCUGAGAUUCCAUUGAUUAACGACACUCGACCAUACCGCGUCACUGAUCUUACGUUCACUGAUCUUACCGUGUCACUGAUCUUACGUUCACUGGCCUUUAUUCUACCAUCUUUGCCGUUGAUCUACAAACAGGUCCAUCUUCAAUCCUUCCUUUUCAUCAAUUGACCGAUUUUAUGCCCACCUUCUCUGACAGCUUCUGGACGCCCGACUACGCCACCGGCAUGGCAACGCUCUUCCGCAAGCUCCACCAGGGCUGUGUCGAAAACGACGAGUACAUCCGACUCUUCCAGAGCCGCAGCGCCAUCGAAGGCGCCUACGGGAACCAGUUACACACAAUUCCCGCAAACCACGCGCCGCUCAAGACUGGGUUCGGGCGUGACGAUGGUGCUUCUGUCAAACAGUCCUUCUUGGGAAUCCAGGCGGAGAUCGGACACGAAGGCGCGUACCACCAGCAAGUCAGCGAAAACAUUAACGUCAUGAUCCUCGAGCCGUUUGGGCGCUGGUGCGACGACCACAAGAAGCGUGUGGCAUACAGCGAGGAGGUCGUUCAGGACGCGGUCCGGAGUUUCCUUCGGACCCGCGCCGAGGUGGACCGCUUAGAAAAGAAGUAUUUCAACAAGUGCCGUGUUCUUGAGGAUUUGCGGUCGUCGGUGCCAGAGGAUGAAGAGCUUUCGAUCGAGGAGGUCUCCCAGCUGGCCGAAGACUCCGACCCGGAGGAGGAAACCUACGAAUUGGGCGGGGUGACCUACACCGAAGCCUCCCUCAGACCGGUUUUAGCCUCCCUCCUCUCGGAGGUUCCUCAGUUUACCCACAAGGUGACAUUGCUCGGGAACUACGAGCGGUGUUCCACGGGCUCUGCCAUUGCACUGUUCCUCCAGGGUACGCUCCAGUUGCUGUUGGACGAUACGGAGCAAUUCGGCCAGGACUUGGUUGACCAGGGCUUCUUGCGCCUUGUGGGCCAGGUCUCCUCGUCCUUUGUCAACUCCAAGAAGUUUAUCUAUCAGUGGAAGGAUCGUGCGUUUGCCGUGGCCCACGUUCCGUACAAGAAAGCGGGAACGUCCUAUUUUGACGAAGUUAAGGAAAAUUUGACUAACAUGACCCUCAACAAGCGCGCGAGCAUGUCCGGUUUGUCCGAAAAACAGGCGAUGAAGAAGCUCGUACGCGAGGUGGACGAAUUGGACCGCGAGUACCUCUUCGAGGUGAAGCAGGCAGACAACGUGCGCUGCGAGUUGGAGGAGCUCAUCGUGGACCACAUGAAAUUUAUGGAAAAGUGCGAGAUGGACCGCUUGAAAGCGGUGAAGAAAGUGACGCUCGACUUUUUAUCCAUUGUUUCCAACAAAAUCGCGUCGCUCAAGAGCGUUGUCGACCGCUUCAUGAUCUACGAGGAAACCAUCUCCCCUCAGUCAGACCUUAACGUGUUUCUCCAGACCUACAAAACCGGCUCUUUCAAGCCAAAACCGGUCAUCUACGAUAACUACUACUCUCUGACCUCCUCCUUCCAGAUCUUUGGCAUCGAUAUCGAGUCCAGAUGCAGGGCGGAGGGAAAGUUGGUUCCGUUGGUCGUCAGCAGCUGUUUGCAGCACAUGGACGCGGUGUACCCGGACUUGACGGACGAUCAGGCCCGGAUUGACGUCUGGAUCGUGCCGACAAAGCUUGCCACGACCCACCAGUUGCGGGCCAAGCUCAACGAAGCGUGCGGGAAGAGCGACGUCCAGGCGACUGCCAGCGACUACAUGGAAAUCAUGACCCAGUCCGACCCAUCGGUGGUUGCCUCGGUCUUGAAACUCUACUUGUUGGAGCUUCCCGACUCGCUCGUCUCCAGCCAGACGUACGAGCUCUUCAAAUCGCUCUACUCGGUCGCGGAGGAGGAGGUGCCCACCGACGAGGAGCGCAUUAACGGUGUCACCAACUUGCUUGUGGACUUGCCCAAGGCUCACAUCGCGACCCUCAACGCGCUUUUGACCCACUUCUCGCGCUUGAUUGGCAUUAUCGAGAGCAAAAACUUGGAGCUCGCAGCGCUCUUCACGUCUCAGUUCGUUGCUGAGUUUGGUGAGUUGGUCUUGCGUCCAAAGGUCCAGACUGGAGUCAACAUGGACGACAAGUUUGUCGCCCGCUUGCUCCGUGACUUGCUCGAGCACAUGGAGGCGGUGUUCAAGUCGUUGAAGCGGCUCAACUCAACGAAGAAGCGGGGCAAGAGCGAAAACAAAAAUGUCCCAUCUACUGAAGCCUCGAUUAGCUCUAAGUUGCAGAGGGCGGUGGAAAAGGGCAAGCGUUUGGCGCCGGAUGGAAAGGUUGCCAGGGAGAGAGAGCACACCGCCACCCCGCCACCGGUGUCUAAGGGCGGUGAGGAGGAUCCGAUUGUUGUUGAGUAAACUAGACGUAUGUGAUGUAAUACAUUUGAGUUUGAACUGAGGGAAGUACUAGGAUAGUCAGAGGUUGACGAAUGGAUCUGUAUUGAAACCUGGUUUUAGGGAUUAUCACAAAAGCUGUCUUCUUUGUUUUGACCUAAUCGCUUUGUGAGUGGAAUAAUCCGAUAGGCUUGUAUGAGAAUUUUUCUGUCUAAUGUUUGUCAGAUGUAUCAACCAACUCGGCUUGUACUAGAUUUCUUGGCCAUCUAAUCGAUAGCUACC